GGGGGAAAAUUUUUUCUCUUUUCCUUCCUCUUUUCCCCGACCCAUUUUGCCUCGUCUUCUCCGUUUUUCUCGUCGAUGGCGAGGACAACCUUUUGGUGGCGAAUCUCUGCGGCAUCGUCGUUGGGAGGCCAACAGCAGAGGAUCGAGACGCCUAGCUCACGAAAAGGGCAAUCUUCCAAGGCGAGUGUAGUGGAACAAGUGCAAGGAGUGCAACUUGCGGACAAACCUGGGAGGAAAAGGCUGUUAUCAGCGAUGGGACCAAUGGUCCAUGCUUACCUGCGGAGAAGAAGUCGUCCUCGUAGGGGCCAACGUGCGUGAGCUGGAGAGUAAACAUUGAUUAGGGUUCAUCCCUGUAAGAAAUCAAAUAAGAAAGCUCGAUUUAGGACAAAACAUCUGAACACCAAAUGUCUAUAUAAAUAAUAUUAGAUAAUUACAGUCAAAAAAUUGUUUAGUUUAGUUGGUAGAGCAUUUAGCUGUAGGCUAACAGUUUCGGAUAUUGAAUCCUAGAAUUCAGUUAUUUGUUUUUAUUUUUAAAAAGACUAACACAAUAUAUUAAAUAAAAAAAACUCGAACAAAUCUUAUAUCAGAGUAAACCGAUGUUACUAAUUAUUGACGGAUAAUUCACAGUUUGUGGCUUUAUUGUAAUUGACCAAAUAAUUUAAGUCUACGUAGCUAUAGGCAUGGUUCAAUAGUGCGUGUAUGAAUUAUUAGGAGGUAUAAAUUUUAUGAGGGAAUAUAUCGUUUUCUCCAUGUUAAGAUGUAGUAAGUAUUUAAAUGCACUCAAGCAAUUGGAUUACACUGAAGUUAUCCAAAUUACACGAAACAAAAGUAAAAGUGAUCUUUAAAAAAUUCUACAGUAAUCAUUUAAAAUACACAUAUAUUUUUUUCAUUUAGAAACUUGUGCUUUUUUUUUAAACAAAGUAAGA